UCCCCUUCUCCUCCUCCGGCCUCCUCCCUCCCUACCUCGGUGCCGUCCCGCACCCAUCUACGACACGCUUGCUGCCCGCUCCCCCCCCCUUUCCGUUCUUCCGCUUCCGCUUCCGCUUCUCCCUCCGCACACGUGUGCACGCACGUGCGCGCGAUGGAGCCCUCGCUGCUGAUGCGCGUCCCCGCCGAGGUGCGCAUGCUGAUCUACGACUACCUCUUCGACGACGGCGGCCACAAGCAGCUGCGCAUCCAGAACGCCGCCGUGGGCCGGCUCGCCGAGAUGGACGGCGAGGGCCGGUGCCGGCGCCGGAGCCGGUACUACGUGCUCGAGCGGUCCUUCCACCGCCGCUGCUUCCGCACCACCUACUGCCUGGCCACCCCCGGCGUCCGUUUCUGUGCCCCGCUGAUGCGCGCGAGCCGCCGCCUGCAUCAGGAGACCUCGUACCUCGUCUACGGCUGCCACACGUUCGACUUCGGCAGCGACAUCGAGGCCGUCGAGCCCUUCCUCUCCGACCUGACGCCCGCCAGCUGCCGCCUCAUCCGCGAGGUCUGGCUCUACAAGCGCGGCCCUCUGUCUCCCUACGACACCGACCGCGGCGAGUGGCGCAGCGUCUGCCGCUUCCUGCGCGACCACGGCUCCGUCAAGAAGCUUCGGCUCGUCGUUCAGGGUGGCCGCCCUUCCGGAGGCGCCUGGGUCGGCCCCCGCGAAUUCACCGCCGCCGACCUCCAGCUCCUCUUCGACAUCAAGCACGAGAGCCUCGACUGGGUUGGUGAGCUCGCCCGCGUCAGCGGCAUCGAGGAGCUCGACAUCCUGCCUGACGUCCGCUACUGCCCCCAGCCCUCCUCCACCAACAUGAUCAUCUUCGUCGCCCUCUCCGCCUCUAUCGAGCGCGGCCUCACCGAGUUUGUCCGCACUCAACUGCGAUUGCCGCUGUGAGAAAUGCUUCGAUUCUCUUUUUCCGCUAAGGAGACUGGGGUAGCGGACACUAAGAGCUCGGCCUUCAUGUCCUCUUGGUUUGGUGGGAGUCGACAGGAGUGUAUAGUUGAGGCGUUUUUGACGGUUGACUAGCGACAAAAUAGACGGAUAUUUGCUUUAUUACGUAUGUUGCUGUAAUAGUCUCCCCACGCGCCUCCUACCAGUAUCAACUAUUGGAUUCGAUUAAGGGGAGUAGUUAACGGCGUAAUCUUGCGUCUUCCCGGCCAGUCUCCCCGGCGUUUCCCAUAGUAACUGUGGUCCAUAUAUUGACCUCAGCCUUAGAUAUCAUCCAGUCGUCAUGUGUGGUGAUACCGG